AUGUGGCGGUCACACUGCCUUAAACAUUCAAUGAAUUUAAGUGAAAUAAAUGAAGAAAAAAGGUAGUAAAUUUUGAAAACACAAUUUUUUAAUCGUCCAAGCAUCACUUUUAUAAACUAUAAUCAUUUUUGAUGUCGAAUUUUGCGCCGUCAAAGGGGCAUUACGAUACCGCAGAGUUACAAGCCAGCCAUAUGCUCGAACUACCGUUCAUACGCUCAAGAAAUAUUUACUCUAAAAAGUCGGCACAUGUUACUCCUUCCCCCAACGCUGUUGCAAAGAAAGUUAAAAGGCGACACAAUAGCGAAACUUCCAGUGAUGAAGAACGUUGGCUUACUGCCAUAGAAACUGGAAAACUGGACAAUGUUGAUUAUGAAUUGAAGAAAAUAAAAGACCCCAAACUAAUGACAGUUCGUCAACGUGCUAUGUAUGAACGAACUGAUGGCUUUGUUGAAGAGCUUUUUGCUCUUCCAAGUGGCUAUAAAGAAAAGGAAAAGCCCCAAACGGCCGAGGAAAUUCAGAAGGCUGUACUCAAAUCACAGAAGCGAAAACAGCAAGCUAAUGCACGGCGAGAAAAAGAUAAACAAAAAACAAUGGAUCGCUUAUUAAAAAAACAGGAAACUAACAAACAUCGACCUUUGGUUCGUAACAGGAAGUUUCAUAAGUCCUCAUAUCCAAAAGUAACCUAUAUAAGCGCUCCACAAGGUAACACCAUAAUAAUUCCUCCAGGCCAGGACUUUCCACUAAUGGCACAUUUACAUCGCGCACCGCCUGUCUCGCAGUUAUGCCAUGUUAGCGGUUGUGGAAAUCGCAAAGCUUACAGCUGCUCAACCACAAAAGUUCCCUUAUGCAGUCUUACAUGUUAUCGUAAGAACAUUUUACUCAAUUCGGAGCAAUAAAUAUAGGAUAUGAAAGAUUUUUAUAAUGGUUCAGAAAUAAAUUGUUAAUUUUUUCA